GCGGGGGCCGCCGGGAGCUGGGCGGGGGGAAGUUGGUGGCCGUUAAUGGCCGUUAACCGCUGCCACUUCCCUCAGGUGCUUGCCGGCGGCAUGAGCAGCGGUGGCGAGGAGGAGGAGGAGGAGGAAGAGGAAGGGGAAGGGGAAGGGGCGGCGGCGGCGGCGGCCGCGGCCCCGUCCCCCUGCGGCCGGGCGGGCCAUAGGAAGGCUGCUGAAGACUCAGAAAUAGCAGAAGGAAAAAAACAGUCUCCUUUGAAAGACAGUCUUUCACCGUGGGAAGAAUGGUUCAUUGGGAAAGAGAAGGAACUACGUGCCCGCUUACAGGCGAGAGCUGCAGAGCAAAUGAAUAUACAGCUUGAGAAGAUGAAGCAAAAACAAGAAUGUGAAAGAAGGAAAAGGCUAGCUGAAGAGAAGCACAAGGAAUGGAUGCAAAAAAAAAGAGAAGAGGAAAGAAGGGAAAGAGAACGAAAGCAGAGCAAAGAAAUGGCAGAAAAAGCCACAAGGGAACUAGAAAAAAUGCAGCUACAAGAAAAGGCUGAAGUAAAGUAUAAAGAAUGGUUAAAGAAGAAGAGAGCUGAAGAGUCAGAAAAGAAGAAGAGAGAGAAGGAAAAAGAAAAAGAAAGGGAAGCUGAGCUGCAGGAGAAGAGAGAGAGAUCAGAAAAGAUCUUUCAGGAAUGGCUACAUAAUGCUAGAAAUAAACCACGCCCUGUUUUAAAUGGUUAUGGCUUACCACAUAGGAAAUCUACAGGGCGCCCUGAUGGAAACUCAUAUCCAACUCCAGCAUAUUGCAACCCCAUUCCGUGGAAACCAGUACAUGUACCUCCUCCAAAGGAAGACAAUGUUCUUACCAUGAAGAAUAGUAAGAGACCUGUAUCUUGUCAAUCACAUAAGUCUUCAUCUAUAGUAAUUUAUAAGCCCAAGAACAACCUUCAUGUUGGCUCCUUGCAUAGAAAGCAGUUAUAGUAUGGAAAGCAAAAUCAUUCUUACGAGCUUGAGUAAACUGGGGCAUAAAUAUCAAGUUACAUGUACAAACGUGUUCGUGUUUUUUUGAGAACCUGUUUUGUAUUUAUAGGUAACUGACCAAUAACCUUUGUUAUUCAGUGGCUCUUACAUGUUGAUUUUUUUUAAGAAGUCAUAUUUAGCUAAUUAUAAUGGGAUUGUACCUCAAUACCAAUAAAAUAUACAGGAUUGUUGGUUGCUUUCUUCA